AUGCUCCUCAUCCCACUGCCAGCCUGGCUGGCCCUGGGCAUCCUGCAGCUGCCCCUUGGCAGCUCCCAGGAAUGCCUGAACCGGCAGCAGGCGCUCAGCGUGGUGCGGCAGAUGCAGAAGCUGCUGGUGGCGCAGGAGGCUGCCCACCUGCAGGGCACACGCGGGCUGCGGCAGCAGCUUUCCAUUCUCCAGAGCCACCUGCAGAGACCGGCCACCAAACGCAAUGAGAUCUGCCCGCAGCCAGCAGUGCCCCUGAAUGGACGGAUGCUGGGCCGGAGCCUGCGGGUGGGACACGAGGUUCACUUUGUCUGCGACGCCGGCUUCCGGCUGGUGGGCUCAGAGACACGCGCCUGCCGGCACAACCGCACGUGGAGCGGCACCCAGCCCUUCUGCAGAAGUAUUGAUGACUGCUCCAGCAACCCAUGUGCCAAUAGCGGGACCUGUGUGGAUGGCAACCAGAGCUACACGUGCCUCUGCCCCCCCGGCUGGUCAGGCCCCAACUGCCAGAGCCCCAUCUACUCCUACUGGGUGACACUGAGCAACACCUCCUUCAGCCGCCAGCCGCGCUGUGCCGAGGGCCGCUCCGGGUCCCGGCGCUGCAGCUGUGACUCUGGCUUCCAGCUGCAACCUGGUGGCGUGUGCCAAGAUGUGGAUGAAUGCCAGCUCUACCAGUCCAGCCCCCAGACACAGAUUUGCCUCCAUGACUGCCUCAACCUCCCUGGCUCCUAUCGCUGCCUGUGCCCCCCUGGGUAUCUGCUCCAUGCUGACCGCAAUGCCUGUGAGGACGUGAAUGAGUGCGCUGGGAAGCAGCACAACUGCAGCCAGGGUGACCUCUGCAUCAACACCUUCGGGGGCCACCGCUGCGUGCGCCCCAAGUGCCCCCCACCGCGCCACAACACCACCUAUGUCAAGACCUCUGCCUUCCAGUGCGAGAGGAACCCCUGCCCCAUGGACAGCCGAGCCUGCCAGCUGGCUGCCAGCUCCAUCUCCUUCCACUACCUGCCGCUCCAGGCCAACCGCACCGUGCCCCGUGUCCUCUUCAAGAUGUCCACCAGCCGCUCGCUGGGUGACAGCCUGCGCUUCGCCAUCACGGGCGGCCGGGGCCAGGGCGUCUUCGCCGUGCGGCGCUCGGACCGGCACACGGGAGAGCUGCUGCUCACCAGCCCCGUGGCGGGGCCAGCCACGCUGGAGGUGGAGCUGGAGAUGAGCGAGUUCUCCCACAAAGUCCUCCUGGGCAAGCACAUCUUCAAGGUCACAGCUUUUGUGUCCCCAUAUGUGUUUUGAUUCCCUUUGGAGGAUGGUGUGGGGUCAGGCCAGGGCCUUUCCCAGGGAGCAAUGGAGCAGGUUCAGCUCAGUGGUCCCAGUUUUUGUCCCGUUGGAGAUACUUCUCUUCCAUAAAUGCUUUCUCAUAGCCAUCACAGCAAAAACUGUGUCCCUAUAGGGGAAACCCCAUGGCCAAUGGAAGGACCAGCCCGGGGGUGCCUGCCUCUGCCAGCCCCCUUCCUCUCUGCCCACAUGGCACACAGAGUGAGCCAACAGCACUUGGCAUGCAGAUUCAACUUCUUGUAUCUUGUAAUCUCUAAUAAAAGUGGCUGUAGG